AUGAGGAAAAGCGAAUCAUACCUAAUCUGAAUUUCGAGGAUAUCAUAGAACAAUCUCUUAUAAUAUUUAUAAUAGUUUCAACGUGCUGGAGUUGUGGGGGUUCCCAUAUAGCCUAUCUCUGAGUGUAUUGGUUUUCUUUUUAUGGCGGGUGUACGCUGGGUGGAAAUGGCCAAUCUUGAGGCGACCAUCGCCGCAUGAACCACAUGUCUGACGUGCUUUGAAAAGUUGGGAUUCCAAUGGAGUGAGUCAGUGUACGAACGCGUACGAGCCAGUGCGCACUUUACUUCUAAACCAACCCCGGGAAACAUCGCCGACACGUCUUUUCUUCCGUCACUGACCUUGGCUGGGAAAAUUUGCUUUCUACAUCAAUGGCGGAACAACUUAGUGAAGAGCAGAUUGCUGAGUUCAAGGAGGCUUUCUCGCUAUUCGACAAGGAUGGCGACGGCACCAUCACCACCAAGGAGCUUGGAACAGUCAUGAGAUCACUGGGUCAGAAUCCCACCGAGGCUGAGCUGCAGGACAUGAUCAAUGAGGUCGAUGCUGAUGGUAACGGCGAGAUCGAUUUCCCCGAGUUCUUGACGAUGAUGGCGCGUAAGAUGAAAGACACAGACAGUGAGGAGGAGAUCAGGGAAGCCUUCAGAGUCUUUGACAAGGAUGGAAACGGUUUCAUCAGUGCUGCUGAGCUCCGUCACGUGAUGACCAAUCUUGGUGAGAAGCUGACAGAUGAAGAGGUUGAUGAGAUGAUCCGAGAAGCAGACAUUGAUGGAGACGGCCAGGUCAACUUUGAAGAGUUUGUUACAAUGAUGACAUCAAAAUGAAGUUCUUCCCAACAGCCCCUGUCAUACCGCCUCAUCUUGUUGUAUCCAUUCAUUCUGUCUUGUUGUGUGCGACAGCUGACGGGUUGGACGAUGUGUCUAUGUGUUCCACCACCCUCGGAAGAUCGGGUAAACAAAAUCGUCACCAAUAGAGGGCGUUUUUAAUAAUGGCCGACAAGUGACGUCAUGUCAUUGUAUUGGACUGCUGAUUGGACAAGCCAUGACAACAAGCCAGCCACAGUGGUCGAGUUUGCGCGGACCAUCAAACUUUACGGAGUCUUCCGUUUUUAUGAUCGGCCAUUUUAAAAAGUGUUCGUUUGAAAUGUCUUAUGAUGGUGGAGUGAUUUAUUCUUGUGCUCAAAGAUGCACUUCUUUAAUGUGUGAUAUUUUCUAACAGUUUAAGGUAGAAUAAAGGGCAGACAAAUACCGCUACGGUACCCAGUUAUUGUUUUCAAAAGUUACAAAUCAUUUUAUCUGUUUUAUUUAAUCACUAAAUUCCUAGAUUGUGAUCAAAACUACACUGCGACUGUUUUAAAAAUUUUAAUAAUUUAAACCCGGAAUAUUUCAGAGUCAGCGAGAGCAAGUAGUUUGUGUUAAAAUGUUUGGUACAUUUAAUAAUAAUAAUUGAUUUCUGUGUAUAUAUAAAUAAUAAAUUUACUGUUAUUCAGAUGUCACGUGAAUGUCAACUCGCUAACAAAUUUCAUCUCUCGAUAAAGUUAGAGGCGCCCCCAUUUAACUUAACUGAGUAUUGGCUUGGUAUGGCUGCUUGAAGGGCGCCCUCUUCUUGUUGCUUUAAAAGGGCGCCGCUCAUGCUUCGCGUUGUGACAUUUGUUUAGUAAAUACUUUCACACAAACAUUCUUUAAAAUAAAUAGGACUCUGCGCCAGAGUAUACAGAAAAAAUUAAAACUAAUUAUAGCUUUGUCAUACUGCUUAUAGAAACUAAUGGUUAUAAAAAUCCAUAUUUUUACAAGCCAGAUUUUCCCAUCAAAGUUUGCUCGUCUUCUUUUAGGCUCAUGUUGACCGCCUUUAUCAAUUCACGUAACGUCUGGAUAAAUUUGACGGUGUAUAUAGUUAAUUUCUUUUCAAAGUUUUGUGGGAGAUGGUAGAAAAUGAUGACAGGAAGUCGAGUUGCGUAUAAUCAGAAGAAUUUAAAAAAACAAAUUAUUCAAUGCAAAUUUGCACUCAUUUUUACAAUUUUAAAGUUUCAUUUCCUGUGGUAAUAAUAAUGAUAUGCGGAGGUGGACGUCCGUAUAGCAGAAAUGUAAAUCAUGGGAGCCCAUUUCCACGUAAUUUAUUCAGGAAGAGUUUCUGUCUAAGAUUUUCACUUUUUUUUUAAAUAAUGAUUUGUCGACAAUAGAUUCUUCGACAGUGUACAUUACUAGUUAUCAAGUUCUCCGGAAUGGUUUCACACUUUCAUUGUAAAUUUGUUUACACUUAGAGUUUUUAAGAAUCAGUAACUGUAUUGUUUCUCGCGCACUUUGGUGUUUGAACGCGCGAUUUCUGAAUAAAAAAAAUAAUAUCCACUUGAAA